GGAGGCCAGCGGGCGAGGACCGCACGGGCUCUAGCCGGCGCAAGAGGACCGCGGCUGUCACUGCGCUCGGAGCAUCCGCGCCCCGCGGGAGCCGUGGGUGCCGCCCCAGCCCCGCGUCCCUCUCGCAGCGCUUGGGGAGCCUCGCGCCCCAGGCGAGCGCCCGUGAUUUAGCACAAAGCACGUUUCCAAAAAGCCGCGCUUUCGCGCACGCACCCUCGCCCCCCUUUGUUUCGGGGGUCGCCAGGCCGCUCUCCUCCCCAAGUCUGAAUUCUUCGGAAGGGGCGGAGGGCCGCCGAGCCUCGGCUGGGAAGAUGCCCUUGGAGCUGACUCAGAGCCGGGUGCAGAAGAUCUGGAUCCCGGUCGACCACCGCCCCUCGCUGCCCAGGACCUGUGGGCCGAAGCUCACCAACUCCCCGACAGUGAUUGUCAUGGUGGGGCUCCCCGCCCGCGGGAAGACCUACAUCUCCAAGAAGCUAACCCGCUACCUCAACUGGAUCGGUGUCCCCACGAAAGUGUUCAACGUGGGCGAGUACCGCCGGGAGGCCGUGAAGCAGUACAGCUCCUACAACUUCUUCCGCCCCGACAACGAGGAGGCCAUGAAAGUCCGCAAGCAGUGUGCCCUGGCUGCCUUGAGAGACGUCAAAAGUUACCUGACGAAGGAGGGGGGCCAGAUCGCAGUUUUCGAUGCCACCAAUACUACUCGAGAGAGGAGACACAUGAUCCUCCAUUUUGCCAAAGAAAGCGACUUCAAGGUGUUUUUCAUUGAGUCUGUGUGCGAUGACCCUACAGUCGUUGCCUCCAACAUCAUGGAAGUGAAAAUCUCCAGCCCGGAUUACAAAGAUUGCAACUCCGCAGAAGCUAUGGACGACUUCAUGAAGAGAAUUAACUGCUAUGAGGCCAGUUACCAGCCCCUCGACCCUGAUAAAUGUGACAGGGACCUGUCGCUGAUCAAGGUGAUCGAUGUGGGCCGGCGCUUCCUGGUGAACCGCGUGCAGGAUCACAUCCAGAGCCGCAUCGUGUACUACCUGAUGAACAUCCACGUGCAGCCCCGCACCAUCUACCUGUGCCGGCAUGGCGAGAGCGAGCACAACCUCCAGGGCAAGAUCGGGGGCGACUCGGGCUUGUCCAGCCGGGGCAGGAAGUUCGCCAACGCCCUGAGCAAGUUCGUGGAGGAGCAGAACCUGAAGGACCUCAAGGUGUGGACCAGCCAGCUGAAGAGCACCAUCCAGACGGCGGAGGCCCUGCAGCUGCCCUACGAGCAGUGGAAGGCCCUCAACGAGAUCGACGCGGGCGUGUGUGAGGAGAUGACCUACGAGGAGAUCAAGGACACCUACCCCGAGGAGUACGCGCUGCGUGAGCAGGACAAGUACUACUACCGCUACCCCACCGGGGAGUCCUACCAGGACCUGGUGCAGCGUUUGGAGCCGGUCAUCAUGGAACUGGAGCGGCAGGAGAACGUGCUGGUCAUCUGCCACCAGGCCGUCCUGCGCUGCCUCCUGGCCUACUUCCUGGACAAGAGCGCAGAGGAGAUGCCCUACCUGAAGUGCCCACUUCACGCUGUCUUGAAGCUGACGCCCAUCGCUUACGGUUGCCGAGUAGAAUCCAUCUACCUGAACGUGGAGUCCGUGAGCACACACCGGGAGAGGUCAGAGGAUGCAAAGAAGGGACCUAACCCGCUCAUGAGACGCAAUAGUGUCACCCCACUAGCCAGCCCCGAGCCCACCAAAAAGCCUCGCAUCAACAGCUUUGAGGAGCAUGUGGCCUCUACCUCCGCUGCCCUGCCCACCUGCCUGCCCCCGGAGGUGCCCACGCAGCUGCCCGGACAAAACAUGAAAGGCUCCCCGGGCAGCGUGGACGCCUCCAGGAUGCACUGACCGCCCCGCUCCCCACACCCGGCUCCCGCCCUUCCGUCUGCCCACGGCCAGCGAUCCGAGGACGUCUCGCAGAGUGGAGCGGGGCAGAGGGCAGCACAGAGGAGGGGCUACUGCUCCAGGGGGACCGGGCCCCCGCCUGCCCCUGCUCCCCCAGCCUUCAGGCCGCUCACCCCAUGGACCCCAAGUGGCUCGGGAAGGACCAUGCACAGAGGAGGCAGGACGGGGUGCCUCCCUGCGGGCUUGUUCAUCUCGUUCUGUACCUGCCCCGCUGGGGGUGAUGCUGGUCCUCGCCUCCUAACCUUAAGGGGGGCCAGGCUCUCAGCUGCUGAGGGUCAAGGGAAUGAAAACUUCCAAGAGGCUCCUUGGCCUGGACGUUGCCUCCUGCAGGGAAGCUCACGGCUUGAGCUGGGUGGGGCUCACCCAGGAGAGCCGGUCCUGCAGCUGAAGAGAGGAGCCCCACGCUGGACCCGCUGGUCAGCCAGGCAGCAGCCCCUCUGCAUGUCGCCUACCCUUCCCAGUCUGUCCUGCCUCUGAGGAGGGCGUGGGACAGUCUGGCAGGAGGAAACACAUUGCUGAACAGCCCCGGGGGCCUCGCCUCCCAGCGCAAGUUCCUCCCUCAGCUCCCAGGCCUGCUGGCUCGUGCACUUUCUUAACGGCAGAGACUGUGACCUGAAACAUCUCACCUUUGGCAACUGAAGAUGCUCGGGGUUUGUGCCCUUGGGGCUGGAGCUGUGGAAGGUUGUGGGAGCCAGGCGUGCCUCUGGGGAGGUGAGGGGAUACCCCCACCCCUAAAUGGCUGGACAGGGAGCAUUGGGAUUGUUGCUAGACUGACUCUGGGCAACAGCAUGCGGAACAAUGACCUGGCCCCCUCCUUCGGGACGUUCAUCCCCUCCUGUGCUUCCUGGGUGCGGCCCAAGCCAGGCCUCACUCGUGGCCACAUCCUCCGGGAGGCUGGCCGUAGGAUGCGGAGCAGUGCCCUGCGUGCGUGUGGAGACCCGCUGCCCUGGGUGGGUUCGGAGGAGAGGACGUCCUUGUCCUCCAUGGCACCUGUGGCAUUUCUAGUGGGGGGCGGUCAGAGCAGGCUGUGGGUACAUGGUUCUGAACACCUCUAGCUUCUGCCUGCUGGUCUUCCCCUGGGGCCUCUGGGCACUCAAGGGGGUCGAGGCCCAGGAGAAACAGUGUGAACUGAGGAAGAUCUUGUCCAGUGACCCUUUUCAGAAUCUUGAGAAGCCGGUGCCAAAGGUCACCUUCUCUUCCUGCCUUCCCCGCUCCUUCCCCCUCUUAGCUUGUGAAGUAGUCACGGGGGUGGGGGGCCGGGGGUGGGGGGCCGGUUAGACAGCUGGAGCCUGGAGUAGGGAGAGGAGCUGUUUUCAUUUGUAUUUUUUGUUUGAGAGGAGCUUUUAGAAGAAAAAUGCAUGUUUCUCUGAUUGGGACUCAGUGGGGAGCAGGGACAGGAUGCAGAGGCCCUGCAAUCAGGUGUGUGGGUUUCACAUCAAACUGUUCAAACCCUCCCAUCCCUGGCCAUCUUCCCAAGAGGAUGUCUGUCUCCGUGCCUGUGCAGCGCUUGUGUUACUCUCCCUGUUUGCUGCUGCCUUGUCGUCGCGUGUGCUGUGUGCGUGUGUCUGUGAGUGUGUGUCUGUGCGCAUGUUUAGAUGAGGGGCCUGCUGUCCUCCUGAGAACGGCUCUUACGUCCACCUUCUGGCUCCUCCUCUGGUGUUUGGAGCGGACCCUGAAUUUCGACUCUUGAUGGCUUAUCUGAAUGCUUACCCUGGCCUCUGACUGCCCCAAAUCACUGCAUUUACAUAGCAGGCCUGGCCUGACCGGGACUUGGUUUGCAGGGGCCUUGAUGUGGAGAGAGAACCUCAGUGUGGGGGGAAGGUGGGGGACAGGCAGAGAGCAGAGGCUGGGGGUCCCGGGCCAGAGACCGGACUUCCAGGGAAGGAGGGGUGGGCAGAGGCUGUGUCUGAGCCACAGUCGCAGGGCUUCUGCCUCGCUGACCGCUGGCUCUCACUCCCCUCCCCCAGAAGCUUCUGGGACCAAUAUUUUUAACUUCGCUUAUUCGUUUUGGGGUGGGCUUGCCCCUCCCCUUCUUCUUUCCUGAGACUGUGGGCAAAGCUCUUCAUUUGGGGGUGGGGAAGAAAGACUGUUUGAACCACGCCAAUGACGUUUUCGUUUCUAAUACUUGAAAUUUAUUUUUUUAUUAUUUUGAUAGCAGAUGUGCUAUUUAUUUAUUUAAUAUGUAUAAGGGAUCCUGACAAUGGAAAGCUGUAUAGAUUGGGUUUUGUUGGUUGUGGGCUUGGGGGCCUUUUACGUGUGACUUCUGACUUCUCUGUGUUCUCUAUAAAUUUGUCCGAAUUAAUUACCUGGCAUGAAGCUGUGCCAGCUUUCAAACGGAAAGCCUGUCGGAAAUUUGUAUAUUUUGCAGUUGCCAGAACAAUAAAAUACCUGGUUGAAAUACA